GUGAGAUGCUUGGUGUGUGACAAGGAACUUGUGUAUGGAAACAGCACAUCAUCCAUGCUAAGGCAUUUCAGAGCUUUACAUGAGACUGCACAGCCCCAGAACAAUCCUACAAGCACACAAACAUCUCGCAAGCAAAUGGUUGAUGAGGCAUUGGUCAACAUGGUCAUAAAAGACUCUCAGCCAUUUUCAGUGGUUGAGGAUGAGGGUUUCAGGGGCCUCAUCCAUGCCCUUGAUCCUUCCUAUAUAAUCCCAAACAGACAGGCUUUAAAGAAAAUGGUGGCUUUAAAAUAUGAAGAAGCAAAGAGGAAAGCCAAGGCUGAGAUGGAAAAAGCAACUGCUGUGUCUCUAACAUCAGAUAUGUGGACUUCUAUCAACACAGAUGCAUAUCUUGCAAUAACCUGCCAUUACAUUGAUGACAGUGAUAAGAUGAAUACAGUGUUGUUGGAUGUUGAGAAGUUCCCAGACAGACACACAGCGGAAAAUAUGGCCCUGGUGAAAAAGAAUGUCAUGAUGGAGUGGGCAAUCAAGGACAAGGUGAAGUGUCUUGUCACAGAUGCGGCAGCAAACAUGAUUGCUUGUGCAAAAAUUCUGCAAGUGAGACAUUCAGUGUGCAUUGCACAUGCACUUAACACCAUGGUUAAAAAGUCUUUUGAUCAGGUACCAGCUCUGUGUGACAUUCGAAACAAAGCUAAAAAAGUGGUCACCUAUUUUCGAAGCAGCACCUCUGCUAAAGAAAUGUUGACCCAGGUGCAGAAAGAGAUGAACAGUAAUCUAGUGAAUGAUGUGGAAACACGCUGGAACAGCACUUUACACAUGCUUCAACGGCUGCAUGAGGAAAGGCAAACUGUGGAAGCAUCCCUUGCAUCACUUAAAACUGAUAUAGCUCCACUUCAUGCACAGGACUAUGAAGCCAUACAGCAAAUUCUGUGUGUUCUUGCCCCAUUCCACCUAGCCACAGUAGAGCUGUCCGAGGAAAAACGAGUGUCUGGCUCCAAAGUAAUUCCUUUGCUAAAAAUGAUUCACUAUUCAUUACUGGUAAAUCAUUGUAUAUUUCAUAAGUUAACAUUGGCCAUUGCAAAGGAAUUAACAGACAACCUCAUCAGGCGUCUGAGGGAACAUAUCUGGAAUAUGGAGUCGCUCAGCAUAAUGACCAUGGCAACUCUGCUGGACCCAAGGUUUAAAACUUUGGGUUUCCUUAACCACACUAAAAUGACAGAGGCUGUCAAACGGCUAAAAGCAGAAUGUGCUAAUGUCAUUAGGGCCGAAGAUGAAAGACCGUCCACAUCAUCAAGCACUCAGUCAACAGAAGCACCAUCAUCAACCCAACAGCCCACACCAAGCUCAAUUUCUGUGUACCCCAGGCCUCUUCUGUACCAUGUGAAAGAGUGUUCUCUAAGGCCGGAGAAGUACUGUCUAAAACUGUGA